AAGAGAUUACUUAUCAUGUCUCAGCCAAACCAGAAAAACAAUAAUUUUAAAGACACGAAGAUCUUCGUUGGAGGUUUAACCUGGAGAACAUCAACAGAUGAUUUAAGAAACUUUUUCCAAGUAAAGUUUGGAGAGGUUAUUGAUGCUAAUGUUGUCAGCGAGGGUCUCCCAGGAGGAAAGUUAAGAUCAAAAGGCUAUGGCUUUGUUGUUUUUAGGAAUGCUGAAUCUGCCAAUACAGCUUGUCAACUACCGUGGCCGGUUAUUGAUGGAAGACAAACCAAUGUCAACAUGGCUUACAUUGGUUUAUUUAAUCAGGCGGCAUCGCAUCAAUAUCAGCUAGCUUCUCACAAUCCAAACCAACAUUUUCCUCAGCCCUACUGGGCUCCAUAUUAUGGACACCAUCCUUACAUGUACAACGUUCCAUGCUAUUCUUACCCCACCGCCAUGGUAUCUGUGCAGAUGCAUCAGUAUGUUUUAGCAUAUAGGAUGCAACGGAACUGGGAACGGCUGAAUAAUCAACCAAGUGUCAAAGUUUCUGCCCCUCCUAAUGCACCAAUAGUUGAGAACAAUGAAGAAGAGGCAGAUACUGAAACAGACAGUGGUCAAGAAGGAGAGAUCAAUGGUGAAGACAAUGACAUCAAUCAAGAUGUAAGUGAUCAAGAGUUAGAGAUCAAUGAAGAAGAGGUAGAUGCAGAUAUAGAAGCCAAUGAAGAAGAGGUAGAUGCAGAUACAGAAGCAGACAGUGAUCAAGAAGGAGAGAUCAGUGGGGAAGACAAUGACAUCGAGCAAGAUGUAAAUGAUCAAGAGUUAGAGAUCAUGAGUGGAGAAGAGGAUGACAACAAGCAUGAAGUAGAUGUAACGAAACAGCUCGGUAAUGGAGUUGAAGUUACACUUGUAUGUGAAGAAGAAGCUGAAAACACACCACAAGAAAAUAGGAAUGGUCAUGAAGAAAAUGGAGAUCAAGAAGAAGAAGGAGAAAAACAAGAAUACAUUAAGGAGCGAGCAAGAGAAGCGAUAUAA